AUGGAUCGCGAGCUCGACUUCAACGAGAUCGACAGCACGUACUUUGUGCUCAUGGUGGACCUGUGGAACGAGUCGGGCCAGUCGGCCGUCAACCUGGUGCGCCAUAGCAGCGCGGCGCCCACCGUGUCCAUCAGCAGCAGCACGACGACGUCGUACCCGCCCCCGCCCGAGCGCAGCCACUAUGUCGCCACGACGAUUCCGGGCUACGAUGCACACUCGCAGGCCUACCGCCACCAGCAGCACCAGCACCAGCACCAGCACCAGCACAUGCAGCCCCAGCCCAUGGCCGCGGCGGGCUACGGCCCCGGCGCCCACACGGGCGUGGCGGUGCCGCCCUACUACCCNCCCGCCGCCCCUUAUGGCCAAGCCCCCGCCCCCUCGGCCAUGAUCCCCGCCACGCCCAUGAGCUCCAACCACACGCGCAACCUGAUUGGCAUGAACGCUGUCAACGCCUGCCGCCUCAACGACACCAAGAACAAGCCCGGCUUCUGGUUUGUCCUGCAGGACCUCAGCGUCCGCACAGAGGGCACCUUCCGCCUCAAGCUCUUCCUCUUCGACAUUGGCGCCGGCGACGGCACAAACGCCACCGUCGCCGCAGACGGCCCCACGCGCGGCAAGGGCAAGUGCCUCGCCGUCAACUUCUCCGACCCCUUUACCGUCUACUCGGCAAAGAAGUUCCCCGGCGUCAUCGAGAGCACGCCCCUGAGCAAGUGCUUUGCCCAGCAGGGCAUCAAGAUUCCCAUCCGCAAAGACGGCCCCAAGCUGCCCAACCAAGCAGAGUAUGAUGCCGAUGAUUAAUGCUGUAAUUACUAGUCCGCUUUCGCUACGAAUGAAACAAAAUUUCCAUUUUUCCAACAAUAGACUUGACCUAGUUUAAACCACCAAAACAUGAUGGUUGAAAAGUAGAUAGCUCAUCAUAGACUUAUGAUUACCACGUGACUAUAAUACAUACCCUUUUUUAUCCUUC